CGAUAGUUUCAACUGGUGCGUCUCAAAGGUGGUUUAUUUCGAUCGAAAUUUGGCGCUUCGCUGGAAACAAAUCCAAGGCGUAAAAGGGCACAACUCCAUAAACGGGGUACCAAAAGAAGGAAGAAGAAGAGCCGUAGGAAAAAUAAUUCGCGGUUCGUGACGCGACUUCAACCGAAAAAAACGCAACCUAAAAGUGGGCUGUACACGGUUGUGUGUGACUUCGUGAUGAAAUUUGUGGAAAGUGAAUGUUAAACGAAUUACGAAAAAAAACUUGUGGAAAACCGUGAUUUCGGUUUGUUCUGACAGAAGAGUUAUAAAGUGACAUCCAAAACAGGAAUAGCAGAAGGAAGGUAGCGAAGUAGCAGACGAAAAGCGAUACAAGAAGAUACAAAGAGCAGAGACCAGCAGAAAAGAGUUCCAGCGGAACACCUCAAAAGUUCCGCACUGCUCCACUUUGGUCGAACGCGACGUUCCAUUAGGUGAGAGCGUCACAUUUGUUGCCAGAAAGCAUGCCAGGCGAAUCGAAAACGACGGCGGAACCGGCGCCGGCUGCAACGAAACCCAGCACACCGAAAAAAAAGCCAGCCACAUCCGGCGGUAAGGCAGCACUAGCGAAAGUCACAGUCCUCGAUGGUUCGAUAUUAGAAGUGACCAUUGAUAGAAAAGCCCGCGGGCGAGACCUCCUCAACUCAGUAUGUGCCGGGCUUAACAUCCUCGAAAAAGAUUACUUCGGUUUGACCUACACAACAGCCGUAGAUCCACGAGUAUGGCUGGAUCUCGAACGACCGGUAGCCAAGUUCUUCCGCUCCGAUCUGUGGGAGCUGAACUUCGAAGUGAAGUUCUACCCGCCGGAACCGGCUCAGCUACAGGAAGACAUCACCCGGUACCAUCUGUGCCUGCAGGUGCGCAACGAUAUCCUCGAGGGACGACUUCCCUGUUCGUUUGUCACACAUGCCCUGCUCGGUUCGUACCUGGUGCAAUCGGAACUGGGCGACUACGAUCCGGACGAGAUGAAGGAGAAGACCUAUCUGAAAGACUUCAAAAUUGCCCCCAACCAAACGCCGGAGCUGCUGGAUAAGGUGAUGGAUCUGCACAAGACACACAAGAGUCAAACCCCGGCAGAAGCGGAGCUACAUUAUCUGGAAAAUGCUAAGAAGCUGGCAAUGUAUGGUGUUGAUCUACAUCCCGCCAAGGAUUCAGAAGGUGUAGACAUUAUGUUAGGAGUGUGCGCCUCGGGAUUGCUCGUUUACAGAGACAAGCUCCGAAUCAACCGCUUUGCCUGGCCGAAGAUCCUGAAAAUCUCUUACAAGAGGAACAAUUUUUACAUCAAAAUACGCCCGGGGGAAUUUGAGCAGUACGAGUCAACGAUCGGGUUCAAGUUGGAAAAUCAUCGUGCGGCUAAAAAACUGUGGAAAGCCUGCGUCGAACAUCACACCUUCUUCCGGCUGAUGACGCCGGAACCUACGUCCAAGGCAGGCAUUUUCCCCCGACUCGGAUCCAAGUUCCGUUACUCCGGCCGAACGCACUAUGAGACGCGGAAAACUCCGGUGGAUCGACCGGCACCGGAUUUCAAACGUAGUCUCACCGGAAAACGUCUUUCCAGCAGAAGCAUGGAUGCGUUGGGUCAACAGGAAAAGGAAAGAGCCGCCCAGAAAGAUCCAAACAAGGACGCCAACAAACGACACACGAUGUCGCAUCCACCGGAUCACAUUCCUGAUUUGGAAUCACCAACCCGUGGUUCUCGUUCUCCGAUCAAAAAGGAUAAAAAGGAACGGCUGAAGCGCGAGUCUAGUACCGGAACUGCUUCAGCGUCGUCACAGAGCUCACUCGAGGGUGAUUACGAUAUCGCGGCGUCGUCGUCUAACGUUGUUCAGAGCCAGAAACCAAUCGGUGGAAUUGCGGUCCUUCCUGUGACAGGCAAGAAGGAUAAGGAAAAGGCUGAGAAGGAACCCACUUCCCCUGCGAAAGAGGAGAUUGUUAAUGGUAACAACGGCAACCAGGAAGCUCUGAAUUCAUCGACUGAGGAGAAGACAUCUCCCGGUGGAAAGCGAAAAGGUUUCCUGUUCUCAUCCGGUCGCAAGUCACCGAAAGAGAAGAAAACUCCGGGUGCCACUCCAGUUGCUGCCACCAACGGGGAUGGUACCAAGAAGGAUGCGUCGCCAGUGAAGGAACAAGUUCAGGCCCAAGCGCAAGGUCAGAAGGCUACAGGUGGCAAACCGGGCUUUACCAAACCGUACGAGUACUCGGAAAGCGAUCCGAACACUAGUCCCAACAAGAAGAAUGUGAAGACGCGUGGUUUCCGCUACGAUGAGGACCCGGUUCAGAAUGCACGGGAUAAGGAAGAUGCACAGCUGAGUCCGAACUCACAAAUUCGUAGAGCUACCGGGUUGGCCUUCAACUAUGCUCCCGGAGAGGACGAGAAGGUUAGAGAAUCGGUUGAAAAGAGAAAGGCACCUGGGUCACCGAAAGACGGAGAGGGUAAAAAAGAUAAACUUUCACCGAAAAGUGCUGCGAGAGGAUUGGCCGGUGAGACGGAUGCUGAGAAAGGUGUCAGGACCAGUGCGCGGUCGUAUUCUCCCAAUAAGGGACGCUCGGGUGAUGCGGCUUUGAGUGGUGCGGGAUUAUUCCGUCCCUUGGAUGAUGCUCAGGAUCCAAAUGCAGCGUUUAUCAGUGGUGAACAGGCUGGUAGUUUCGUGCCUGGUGCGGCUGUUACCGAGCCUGCCAAGAAAAAGGUUAAGAUUAUGGUGAUCAUUUCGAAGUAUGACCCGAAAACCAAGAAGGUUGACACUGCACAUGGGGUUGUCGAACAUUCCACGGGAGUGUUGGAUACCAAGACCGGGCAAAUCGAGAGCAAGUACGGACUGAUUGAUCCGAAGGCUGGUACCGUUGUAAACUUUAACCCGCGAACAGGACAAAACGAAACCUUCCAGGGUCAGACGGAUCCCAAAACAGGUCAGAUUCAUGUUGUCGGAGGUGUCGUUGAUCCCAACAGCGGAAAGCUGGAUGACAGUUUGGGUCAGGCCAUCAUUGUUGCUCCGGAUGAUGAUUCGAUAGUUGAAAUUACGACGAUCACCAGCAAGAUAGAUCCUAACACUGGCAAGAUUGAUACAACGAAUGGGGAGGUUGAGAGAACGCGAGGUGUUUUGAACAGUAAGACCGGUUUCAUUGCCACGAAGUAUGGAGAAAUCAAUCCGAAGACCGGUGAGUUGAGAACUGUUGAUCCGAAAAGCGGAAAGGUUAACUCCCGUUCGGUUGCCGUUGAUAAGGAUAAUGGUCAAAUUACGAUCGUUGGUGUAACCGAUCCUAGAACCAACAAAGUGGAUAAUAGUCAAGCUCAUUUGAUCGCUAUUGGAAAUCAAGUAGACCCGGUGGUAGAGGUUACAUCGGUUCUAGGAAAACUAGAUAAGAGGGGAGUUAUUGAUCCCAAGACAGUGGUGUUUGAUAAGAGCACAGGUCAACUUGACACGAAGGAUGGAAAGGUCAGCACAAAGUUUGGUCAAUUCGAUUUGGUUAAACAGACGGUUACAUUCGUUGAUCCAAAAACAGGAAAAACCGAAACAAAGGAAGUCAAAAUCGACCCAAUUACCGGCCAGGUGCUAUUAAAGAGCCAAGUAAAUCCGAAAACGGGAAAGGUAGAUAAGGACUACGGAAGAAUUGUUUCUAUUCGAAUCGUGCAGAAUCGAAUUGAUCCUGCAAGUGGAAAGCAUGUUUCCACGAUCGAUGAUAAGGACAUCAAGGUUGAUCCGAAAACCAACCAGAUUUGGAUUCCGGAAGGAAAAGACCCAAAAACUGGUGAAACUAUUUAUACCUCAAGCCAGGUCGACCCGAAAACUGGAUACGUGAUCACAAUUUAUGGCUAUCUGAAUCCUAAGACAAAUGAAAUCGAAAAGCAAACCAAGUUGGACCCAAAUCUGACCAAGGUCGAUCCUACCACUGGACAGGUGUACGCUGCCACUGGUUUGGUAGAUGAAAGCUCCGGCGAACCACUGUUCGCUGCUUCGCAGAUAAACAACGAGAACGGAGAAAUCUACACCAAGGUCGGCAAAAUAGAUCCCAAAACGGGCAAAUUGGUAAUCAUCAAGAUCCUGAUUCUCACCAAAAAGGACGAACGAGGAAAACCAGAAGAGGUAGAUUUGAACGCCGUAGAUCUAGACCCCGUCACAGGCAAGAUAAACAACAUCGCUACGAAGACUGUCUACGUGUACAAAAUGCGUGACCCGGUUACCGGUGAAACCUACCAAGUCGAUCCGAACGAUCCUAGCAUUGCGGGAGCUCGAACCACUGUUACCCAAACCAUGACCUUGAGCGGAGAGAUCGAUCCCGUUACUGGUCGUAUCAAAUCCGAGUGGGGUCAUAUUGACCCUAACACCGGCGAUAUCGAUCCAGCCACGGCCAUCCGUGAUCCGGUAACAGGAAAAAUGAUCCUAAACUAUGCUGACAUUGAACCGAGUCAUUUCGGUAAAAAUGUAACCGUCACGAAGGAAACGGUUCCUAUCACAAGGGAACAGUUCUACGAGGGUAUUAAACAUCUUGGCAAGAAAGCGGUCCGACGAGACUCGGAAAGCUCCGACGAUGAUAUGGCCCAGUACGAAAGCGAAAGUAUUAAGGAGAUGAACUCGGGAACACCACGAGCGGGCGCCGGAGGGAAGUACGGCACGCCUACGGUAGUUAAAACGACAACGAAACAGGUGAUCACGAAGAACGAAGAUGGUGUGACGCACAACGUGGAGGAAGAAGUACAGAAUUUAGGCACCGGACAGAUUGUAUACUCGACACAGGAACAUAAGGCCGAUGCCCCAAGUGACAUUCAGGGAAAAUUCCUAACGGCAACUGCCGUCACGACACGUACCGCCACAACCCACGAGGACCUCGGUACCAAUGCCAAAACACAGCAGCUGGAGGAAAAGACGGUCGCAACAACCACAACACAGCACGGCGAACGGCAGGAACAACGGGUGAUUACGCAGGAAGUGAAAACCACAGCCACGGUAACCAGUGGGGAUCAGUACGCCCGCCGUGAUAGCAUUUCAUCGACGAGUUCCGGUGAUUCCGGAACGCCAAUCGAUGGUCCGUACGAUGGCGGCGAUGAUGACUCGACAAUGAUAUACAACAAGAGCUACACGGGAGUUGACGAUGUUGCCGGUGCUUCUAAGAUACCAACCGGCCCUAAUGUGGAACAUCAUCGGGUUUUAUUAGAUGACACCAACGAAGGAGUGACUGCCGAGGGAGAAAUCGUGUCCAGCCAGACAGUUAGUAGCAAAACGCGAACAGUGGAAACUAUUACCUACAAAACGGAACGGGACGGUGUUGUGGAAACGAGGGUAGAACAGAAAAUCACCAUCCAAUCGGACGGUGAUCCGAUUGAUCAUGACAAAGCGCUGGCUGAAGCUAUUCAGGAAGCAACCGCCAUGAAUCCAGACAUGACAGUCGAGAAGAUCGAAAUCCAACAGCAAACACAGUAAGCCCGAACGUACUACAAAGCCGCACUUAGAGCUGCACCUUUGAUUGCUGACCGGCGAAAUUGCAUGCUUCUGUGGCACACAAAAGAGAAACUCGAGGAUAUAAUGGUUUCCACGCUAUAUAUCUCUAAACAAAACUAUCAUCAUCACAACAGUAUCGGAGAGAAUCGAUUUGUAAUUCUUUCGCUGGUUAAUUUUAAGCUUGAAGGAAAAAUAAAACGUCGAAAUUCAGUCACGCGCUAUUAAGAGGGUAGUACAUAUUUCAGAACGAAAGGACAGUUACAAACAUAGGCUAAGCAUUUACUAAUUUUAAUGCAAACGUAAAACCAAGAACAAAAUUUUUGAGAAGCAAAUAUAUACAAUCAAACCGCUUGAUGUCUGAUGAUAUAAAAUGUUGUUCGCUAAGGAUAAUAAUACAAAACAAAAAGAAGCAAAGCGAAGUUGUUGAAAAAUAUUUAACAAUAUUUACACACCGAAGAGAAUGAGAAGCUUUUAUUGAUUGAUGAUACAUUAUUUAGUGAAAACCAAGAAAAUUGACAAAUCGAGUGUUUGCUUUCAAUGUUUCGCGUUUGCUGGCGCCCAGAUCGGAGCCGUAAUCGUAACUAUAUUGAAUAAGUCUUUGAAUGUUUUUUCUUGAUAUCGCAAUGAAUAAUUAACUAUACAAACAAGCGCAAAAUACUAACAUUGCUGAAUGCUGCAAGAGAAAGAGAAAAUCGUACCAACUUCUUGAUCCUCAUGUCUACUACUAGCAAUUGUACAACAUACACACACCAUAGCUAAAUAUACAAUAUACAUAUACGCGUUACUGGCAGGUGGUAACUAUUCCCAAAUUUUCCCUUUCUAUCGUAUUAAAAUCAAAAUUGUAGCAAAAAUCUUUUUCCCUCGUAAAAUUCGCCCAAUCAUAUAAUCUAGGAGAACUUUUAAGCUGAUCGUAUGUAACGAACAACAAAUUGCCAGCGUGUUCAUUGAAUGGAUCCGUGUUGAGGGCAAUCCUAGUAAUUUUGAAACGGUUUUUCGAUCGACUGUUUUUCCCGAGAGAAUGAAUGUAUCGAGGAAAUGGUUGUCGCCGAACUGUUCUACGAGUUGAUGAAUAGAGUAACCAUCUGAAACAUUAAUGACUUUGCGCUUAGGACCAGGGACAGAUGUGUUUAACAAGAUAAACGUUCAUUUCGUUGUCUUAAUUUGUAAACGAACUUCUCUUUUUCUUUGCGCCUUCCCUUUAGCUAUAAUGCAGAACAUGUUUUAUCCCUUUAAUAAGUACGUUGUCUAUGUGUAGAGUGUCUACUGUUUUUGUGUUUCUAUUUAUUUUCUAAUUUUAAUUAACAUUCCGCAGCAAAAGCAUAUGGAAAACAUUGCGACCAAUAAAAACCUAUGAACGUACUAAUGUUACAAAUCUGCUAACUUAUUUCAAAUUUGUGCGGCCUGUUUAUGUAGUUUCGUCAGAAAUUACAAAUGCGAACAGAAAGAAACCAAUGCCUUCUUAAGGCAUACGUCCUUCAAUCUGUUUGUCAUAUAAAUUGUUUGCCUGGAUAAUGCAAGUAAAGUAUCGUUUUUGAGACGCAGGCUUGAGUAAUCAUAUUUUUGUAGGCAAGCGCUGUUACGCAGAAAAUAAACAAUGGUGUUUCUUCGCUUACCCAUUUGUAAUAUGUCAAUAUGUGCGUGCACUCACCCGCGUAUCGAAGUGAUUGUUAACUUUACGAAGCGACUUUAGCAAUUCGAUUUGUUUUGAGUAUGUCUCAAAUCAGAGAAAACGAUUUUGAAUCCUUUCAUAGCAGAUACUGACACUGGACAAUGUCGGUUUAGUCCUGUUUUAUCUCUGUGCAGUCCGAUUCUUUUCAGUAUGACAGAAAUUUAAAAAAAGCAGUAAUAUAUAAUAUUUUAGUUUAGUUAGAUAGAAUCCCUCUUUGUUUUCCCUUGUCAUUUUAUUUUUUGCAAUCACUUUAUUAUUUUUGUUCUAAGAGAGAUUUAUUUAUGGCAAAAUAAAAAUCAACCCCCUUUGAAAUAUAUUGCAUUUUUUUAUUUUUAAUGUCAGCAUAAAAAAAGAAAGAACAUCAACUUAGGAAGGAAGCAUAGGUAACGAAUAAUACACAUGUGAUUGGAAAACUAAACGGUAACAUCAAACACGAUUAAAUGUAAAACGGAUUGUAAAAGGAUCAAUUGAUAUGUGCAAAUAAGAAAAUUUAAUCGUUCAGCUGACAUUCGCAGAAUGAAAAUAAAAUGGUUAAGUCUAGCUUAUGUGACAAAAAAUUCCA